CGGAGGACUAGGCCCUACGGUUGGAGUGACAGGGAGAGCGCCGAUUCUCGUAGAUCUCAAGGCGCCAACCAUCUCCCGGUAUGCAUUUGCUGCGUUUCCCCCUGUGGAAUACCAGGGGGCAGGGAGACUCCGGUCAAGGCUGAUGGGGACUAGUGCAUAGCAGCUGUAGUUACAUGGACAUCGGCACUCUCGAAGCUGUGGGAGAGCUACGGGUAGUGGUGGGAGCGAUGCCAYUAAAUUCAUCGGCCAACAAUUUAAAUGUUACCAAUGACAGGAAUCGCCAUCCUCAUCAUGGUGACCGUCCUGUUGACGCAUGGGAGUCGUUUCACCGCCAACAUUCUACAGCCACUUUCUACAAGGAGCGGCGAUAUCUUCUGUCGGAAUUUCCUGAGCUGUAUGGUGGCAAUCCAGGCCGCAAUGCAAGUGCGUUGAUGCGCUCCGAUCUGCCGCAUAAACCAAUUAUUUUAGAGUUGGGGUGUGGGACAGGAAGCACUAUCAUUCCAAUCUUGCGGAUGAGCCCUAUUGCGAGGGUGUAUGGGUGCGACUGCAGCCCUACGGCAGUGAAGUUAGCACACAGGCAAGCCGUUGCAGCACUGGGAGCAGAGGAAGUAUCAAGGAGACUUCAUCUGUUCGUUUGCGAUCCAACGAGGGACCACUUAAAUGACCGACUCGAUUUCGAGACGAGGACGUCCACAACUCCGACGACUCGGACCCAUUCCGAAUCUUCUGAGGGGCGAAAGUUCACUGUCACUACCGCCGCUGCCGCUGCCGCUGCCGUGGGGACCACCACCACCACCACCACCACCACCAUCGCUGCCACCGCCAACCCCACCAGCCCAUCGCAGAUUCCCAGCAGCCGUCGCGAUGACGUUGACGACGGGGCGAGGGGUGCAGAAUCGGUGGCAAUCAAACCGGCCAAACACGAUCAUGACAGCUGCCAGUGCUCACAAAUGGAAGGAGAGAGGGCUGAAGAAGACCUUACGACGUGUAACACCAUUUCUGGUGACGACAACGUAAAAUGCGAGGGAGAUAAAGAUCCUUGUGCUCAUGACGGUGAUCAGCAUUGUACUCCGGCCAGCAACAUUUCUGGUGACGACAACUUAAAAUGCGAGGGAGGCGGAUGUGUUUGUGAAGUGCUGCGGUGCAAAGGCGAAUCUGGCGAUGCGUCGUCGACUACUACAGCCUCUGGCGGGGUUAAUAGACUAUUGGUUGACGUAACUCAACUUACUCAAGGAGAAGGGGGAGGAGGAAGAGGAGGGGCGGGAGAAAGAGGAGGAGGAGGAGGAGGAGGGGCUGAAGGAGAAGAUUUGAAGAUAGAUCCGACAGUGAAAGAUUCCAGCAGCAUUGAAUUUCCACUCGUCCCUGCGUCUAAUACUGGGCAUGUGCAGAUUGCCCUUUUGGUCUUCACUCUGUCGGCAAUUCCUCCGGAGCUCAUGUCUCAUGUUGUGAAGCAACUGUUUUCAGUCUUGGUCCCUGGUGGCCUUGUGCUCUUCAGAGAUUACGGAGUGGUUGGGAGGGAGGCGGGGAGGACGGAUGGCGGAGGUGUUGUGGACAGGGCACGGGCAGGGCAAUGCCAGGGUGGGGAGGAACCAGCAAAUCCUGGACAAGUGCAAUGCUUUUGUGAGCAAGGCGGAGCAAAAGGAGAGGGAGGAUUGGAGGCAAAGGAAAACGAGCGGAAAAAACGAGAGAAAGAGGAGGAGGCUGCACAAAAGAAGAAAGAGCGUGAGGAAUUGGAGAAUUCUAUGGGCCAGAAGUUGGAGAGUCGGCUGGCGCCUAUGUACGAAGCAAUCAUGGGUAGAGGGGUGGCGAGUUCAAAUUCUGCAAAUGAGGAGAUGGAGAAAUUGCGACAUGAGAAUGCGGAUCUGCGAGCUAAGUAUGGGAUCAAGGAACAGUUGCCCUCCACGGAGGCUAUUGAUCGAUUACAACGCGAGAACGUUGAAUUGCGGAGGCAGGAGGCUGAUCUUAAGCAGAAGAUGGAGGGGGACCUGGCGGCGUUAAGAUGGGAGAUUCGGGAAAUGAGGGAGUGCCGGAAAAUUUUGGGAAAAACUACAAGGUCAAAGUUGGUGAGCACACCGGAGGAGGCUCGGAGACUUCGGGCUGAGUUACUUGACUUGCAUGAGAGGCGCAAGUGCGAUCUAACGGAGGUCGAGCUUCUAAAGCAAAGACGUGUGGAUGCUGAGGCAAAGCGGGUCGAAGCUGAGGCAGAGCUACAGAAGUUAAGAGAACAAAUGCGCAAAUUAUCUACAGAGGCAGGGGGAGCUGCUACGCCGGCAAGCAUGGGCACCAAUCUCAAGGACAGGAUGGAGGAGGCGGCGAAGAGUGGUUUUCGGACGGGGCGCAAAGGAAAGGUGAAAAUGACAGCAGGCCGAGUGCCCCGCCCUGAUGCAAGUGCGAAAAAAGCUAACGAUCGGUUCGAUAUGCUUCAGGAUGAAAGGAAACGAUUGAAGGGUUUGAAGAAGUCGGGUCUGGAGGCCCUGUGUGAGGAAGAGGGCUUGCGGUACAAGAUCAUUGAAGCAACGUCGGAGGAACUGGCAAUGCUUUAUACGGCCAGGAUGUUCGAUGGGGAUGGGGGGAAACAGGACGAUACGGAGCGGAGACAUGGAAAGGAGGCUGUGGAAGAAAGCGAUGUCGCGGAUGUGGAGGAGAAGGUCGGCCAUCGACUCUACCAGAGAGGGGAAGGAACCCUGGCCUACUACUUCUCCAAAGCUGUUUUGAACCAUAUUUUCACAUCUGCUGGGUUUAUUGAGGAGGAGAACGAGUAUUGUUGUGUGAGACUUGUGAACAGGCGCAAACAGAUCCCUAUGGCUCGACAAGGCGGAGAGGGCGGCUGUGGCAGCGGCCGUGAACAUGAUACUCAUCAGGUGUCAAUUGCAGAGGACGGAGGGGAGGAUGAGAGCAGCCAUUCGCGCACGCCGGAAGAAGACGCUGCAGUCCAUUCAUGUGGACGAAGAGGGCAGUGGUGCCAUUUGCGACGCUGUCCUUCAGGUGUGCUAUGCCAUGGGGUGUGGAGCGUUUCCCAGAGCGACGCCGAGGUGGUGGAUGAAGCGUCGAACAAGGGGGGUGUGGGAGGAUCUGCGGCAAUGCGACGACGCGACGGAAGACUACUUCAAGGACAAGCUGCGCAUGUCGCCACGGCAAUAGCGGAAACUCUGUCUCCCUUCCUUCAACAAGUGACGUUUUAUAGGGAGCCCCUCCGGCCUGACCUCAUCGUUGCGUUCGCUUUGUACAGAUGGGCGUCGGGGGAGACGUACGAGAGCGGGACAUGCAGCUUCGGCAUUGGCAGAAAGUCUGGGUUAGUGGCUGUGCGGGAUGUUACGUCGGCGUUGCUGAGUGCGUACAGCGACAAGAUAUCGUGGACAACGGGCUGCAAAAGGCGGUCGUCUUGCGCGCUUUCGCUGACAAGGGUUUCCCCAACUGCCAUGGCUGCAUCGAUUCACCCGUCGGAGAUUCGGUUUGACAACAAGCAGAAGACGGCGAGGGGAGCAGUCGAGAGGGCUUUCGACAGAUUGAAGGGGAUGUGGAGGUUGUUCCUUCGCUCCCACAAGACGAACAUGGACACGUUGCCGCAGCAGAUCGCCGCCGUCUGCAUUCUCCACAACAUACUCAUCGACGCGGGCAUCCCGUUCGACGACAAUCUGUUGUGGGAGGUCGGGCCGGACGGUGUUCGUCGCAGGGUGGACCUUGGGAAGCACCGCCCGUUGAGGAAGAUGUGCAUGGAGUCGUCGACGGGGGAUGCGCUGAUCCUGUGGGAUGCACUGGCGGAGCGAAUGGGUACGCAGUGAAGACGAGCGGUCAUCGGGAGCGGGCGGCAUGCACAGAGAGAGAGAGAGAGAGAGAGAGAGAAUCGACCGCUACCUGUGUCG